AUGUCUGGUGUCACCAUCUCAUUGAAAUCGACCUUGAACGGGCACAAAGGUGCUGUUACUACACUUGCGACCUCGACUGCGAGACCAGACUUAUUGGUGAGUGGAUCUCGUGACAAGACACUUCUUGUCUGGAACGUCGACACAACAAGCGAGGCACAACCAGAGAGCAUUACCCCACAGAGAUCUCUUCAUGGCCAUUCCCACUUCAUUAGUGACUUAGUUCUUUCUUCCGAUGGAAAGUUUGCUAUUACCUCCUCAUGGGAUCAAUCUUUGAGACUUUGGGAUUUGGAGAAGUUCGAGUCGACCAAGCGCUUUGUCGGCCACGAGGGUGAUGUCUUGUCCGUUGCUUUCUCUCAAGACAACACUAAGAUCAUUUCUGGUUCCCGCGACAAGACCAUCAGAUUAUGGAACACCUUAGGCAAGUGCAUUGCUACUGUGAAGAAUGACAGCCACACCGAAUGGGUCUCAUGCGUCAGAUUCGUUCCAAAUUCAAAGGGAAACAAAAUCGUUUCCGGUGGAUGGGAUAAGUUGGUGAAGACCUGGACCUUGGAUCAGACUUGCAAGUUGGAGUCGACCAUCACUCAUCACAAUGGCUUCAUCAAUACCAUUGCUUUCUCACCAGACGGAUCUAUUAUGGCUACUGCGGGUAAAGACGGUGUCAUUGCUAUGUGGUCGUUGAACAAUGGAACUGGCCUCUAUGAGUUCUUAUAUGACAUCCAAGUCGGUUGCAUCAUCUACCAACUCGUCUUCGCUGAAAACCCAGAACACUACACUCUCAUCGCUGCUACUGAACAGGGCGUCGCCGUCGUUAAGGACAAGGAUAUCAUCUCCUUCCAGAAGACUUCAAUUGCUUACUCCGUCACUUUGUCUGCUACUAGAGACACUUUCUUCACCGGACACGCAGACAACUCUAUUAAAAUGUGGAAGAUCACUACUAAGGCAAAUUGA